AUGGGGACGUCGAGCCAGGACGGGGACAUCGAAAACGACACGCUCGAUUUCUGGCGGGACUGGGAUCUAAGCGAGUUGACCGAGGCUGAGUACCUGAGCAAGGUGCUGGGACCCAAGUACCUGUCCCUCAGACUGGUAAUACCACUCACGAUCGCGUACGUGGUGAUCUUCAUUACCGGAAUUUUCGGUAAUCUCGCCACGUGCACGGUCAUCGUCCGGAACUCAUCCAUGCAGACCGCCACCAAUUACUAUCUCUUCAGUCUGGCCAUAUCCGACCUCACUCUACUUUUAUUAGGUCUUCCCAAUGAACUAAGUGUAUUUUGGCAGCAGUAUCCGUGGGCCCUUGGCACGGGAUUAUGCAAAAUCCGGGCGUAUGUGUCAGAAAUGUCGUCCUACGUAUCGGUUCUUACGAUUGUGGCUUUCUCUAUGGAAAGGUAUUUGGCCAUCUGCCAUCCAUUGCACGUCUAUUCAAUGAGUGGUCUCAAAAGACCAACACGUUUCAUCCUUGCAGCCUGGUUGAUUGCAAUUGUCUCGGCCAUACCGUUCGCAAUUUAUACCAAGGUCAAUUUCGUCGAAUAUCCGCCAGGAUCAGGAAAUUACUCAGCUGAUUCGGCGAUUUGCGCGAUGCUUCUGCCUGACAUGCCAAAAUUUCCCCUUUAUGAGCUCAGUUGCAUCGUAUUUUUUCUAAUACCGAUGCUUAUGAUCCUUGUAGUGUAUACGAGAAUGGGAUUAAAAAUUAAAAGCAGUACCAAAGAAAUACUUGGCCCGAUACAAGCCUCCGUUCAUGGCGAUCAUCGACAGAUUCAAUCCAGAAAAUCUGUCAUCAGGAUGUUAAGCGCGGUCGUUAUCAUGUUUUUCCUUUGCUGGGCUCCGUUCCACGCCCAACGUUUACUUUACAUCUAUGCACAGGAUUCCGAUUAUUACCCAGAUUUAAACGAAUGGCUCUAUAUUCUGAGCGGCUGUCUAUAUUACUUCAGCACUACUGUCAAUCCGAUUCUCUAUAAUUUGAUGAGCAUCAAAUACCGUCAUGCAUUCAAACGAACAAUAGGCUGCAGAAUGAGAAGGCCGACGAGCAAAAUUAUGAUAGUUAAGAAAUCUCAUCCGCACAGAUGUGAUUCCUUGAGCGAACCUCAUGACCGAAAUGUUGCAUGCUCUGUUAGGCAUACGAUUGCUCAAGUCAAAAAUAUAUUUUGUUUUACGUCGACCCAACGAGAAAGUAUCAAAGAUAGCAAUAGAAAUAAUGGAAAUGCAAGCAAUUUUCCUCAAAAUGCUUACGCGUUACAAAAGAAGAAUUCAUCCUCGUCGUUUCUCUUUGAACGAGGACAUCUUCUCGCUCAUCAGCAGCCUAGCAUCGAAAGCACGACAUCCACAAAAAGAUCGGAAGACAGUGUUUCCGUAGCUAAAAGCAGUCUGUGA